AUGAAUACUACAUUAAGUGAUAGUCUGCCUUCUUUACCCAAUGAUUUUCAAGGAACUGAAAAUGGAGAGGGACAGUUAAGUGAUUAGUAAAAAGUGAAAUUGGGGAACUUGGGCAUGAUGACUCCUAUGAGUAACACUUUGACGUAUGAUUUUGAACAAAUAACUUUGGACACUUCACCAAAGGAGAGUGUUGUGAAUCAUAAAAAUUAUGAAAAUAUUGACACCAUAAAUGAAUAAGAAGAAAAUAAAUGCAAAUUAUAAAAAUAUCAAAGCUUCAAGGUGGCUAAAGAUUAGAUUAGGAAAUCGCCAAAGCACAAGACUUAUCAACCACAAUAGACAGUGCCAUAAUUGGAAUUAGGAGAAUAAAACUUAGAGACUCAUACAGAUCAGCAAUCGCCAGACACAUCUUCAAUGAAUGCCCAGACAUUGAAAUUUAUCAAGGAACUCUGGAAUUCAGAGAAGAGUGAAACUGAAUACUUCAAAGAGAUUGUGGAUCAAAAAAUACCAAUUGUUGAUUACAAAAUACCUACUCUAAACAUUUAUACUCCUUUGAUGGAUUGUAAUAGUCCUAUGUAUGAACCUGAUAUUGAAAUGGAUUUGUAUAUAACAAGUCUGGUGGAUUCAUUGUGGGGCAACCAGAUAGUCAGUAGGAAAUUGCAGAAGAUGCUGGAGACAGGAUCAAAUGAUUAAAAGGAAUUGAUAGUGUAGAAAUUGGAACGAGUUAGUCCUCAAGUGGAGAAAGACAUAUUCGGCAAUUAUGUUGUAUAAAAGAUCUUUGAAUGCACCAAUAAUAAAUUGCAAUAGAGAAUGUUCACUAAACUGAAACCUCAUUUCUAUGAUUUAUCUAAAAAUGCUUUCGGAUGCAGAGUCAUGUAGAAAUUGAUUGAGUACACCUAUAAUCGAAAUGAUCUCCAAAUCUUAGUCUUAUAACAAUUGCAAUCAAAUAUGCGAUCUUUGGUAUAUGAUUUGAAUGGAAAUUAUGUCAUUUUUAAAAUGCUUGAAACCUUUGAUAAAUUUAAAAUGGAAUUUAUGAUCCCUAUAGUUGAAGAAUCAUUCAAUUAUAUGGGACAACAAAUUUAUGGCUGCAAAAUCAUUCAUAAAAUUAUUUAGCAAUAUUCUCAACAAUAGAUUACCAAAAUUAUUAGAUUAUCAGUCCAAAAUUACAAUAUUUUAAGUUAAACUGAAUAUGGCAAUUAUGUACUACAACAUAUUCUCUAAUAUUGGAUUCCAAGUCAAGAGAAGUUCCAUUUAGUUCAAUUAGUUUUACAACAGUUUUUUCAACUCAGCAUUAAUAAAUAUGCAAGUAACACUGUUGAACGAGCAUUGGAAGCCAUAGGCAAACAAGAAUUAGUUUCUAUUAUGAAAUGGCUACUUUGCAGAAGUCCUAAUCAAUACACAAGCAAUUUCGUUGUUUUAUCCAAUCAUCAAUAUGCAAAUUAUGUAAUAAAGAAAUUCUUAGUGCUAAGCGAUCACAAUGUAUUAAAAUAUAUUUCAGAUCAUUUGUAUUAGAAUCAAUCUGAAUUCACAGCAAUCAAAUCAACUGUUCAUGGUCAAAGAAUAAAUAGCUUCUUAGAUAAGCAGAUUUAAAAUUGGCCUUGA